UGCAAGGACAAGAAGUGUGUGCCCGCCGGCGUUCUCAAGAUCGACGAGAAGUGCGAGACGAGCUCGUCGUGCGAGAGCGCGUACUGCGGCCGCAGCAAGUGUGCCGCCAAGCAGGCCGACGGCAGCGCAUGCUACAAGGCAGCGGGCUGCACGUCCGGCAUCUGCACGGACAAGAAGUGCGUCGCCAAGUCCGUCGCCCCCACGCCCGACCCGAACCCGGAGCCGGAGCCGACGCCGACGCCCACGCCCAAGCCGACGGAGCCCACCGCGCCCGUUGACGUCAAGAACAACGUGUCGAACAAGGGCCACUUCGAGUCGGGCACGCUGGAGCCGGAGUGGGAGUCCAGCCAGAAGGUGAACCUCAGCUCGGAGGACGCCACGGCCAAGGACGGCACGCACUACGUCAUCUUCGACGUGCCGGCCGGCACGCCGGGCACCCUGUCGCAGGACCUCCCGGCGCCCAACCCGCCGCCGAGGCGCCGUGACGAG